AUGCCCUACAAAAAUGGACCAAUGGACCAUUGGACCCAGCAAGUCAUGAAAAAAGUGACCAGGGCUCGAUCCCUGGUCCGUGAGAGCCACAAACUGCUUGCCAGAAAUGACGAGAUCCAGUUGAGCGCUGAGCUUCGUCAGAUUGAAUGUACCCUCGUCAUGGUUCUUGAGGAUAGCGGCCUUCGACCUGCGCUCCCUUCAACAUACCUUACCCCAUCUCUACCACCAACCGGCCCGAGACAUGGCAAUCGUCGUGAUCGCGGACGAUUCACCCGUGGGCACGGUAAUAGCACUUCGAGGCCCCAGGCAGCCGGGGAGAGCCAGGCUCAGGCUUGCGCGAGUAGCGCUAUAGGCAUCCAAAUCGUACCGGCUGGACCUACCUCGACUCAGAAUUUUCGAGAUUCAAGCAUCCCUACUUGUGUGGAAGACGAGACAAUUGUCAUCAAGCCCGCCGAUUCUAUUACUACGACACCACCGCCACAAGGAGUACUUGUGGACUUCGCUGAAGAUAUAACAGUCAUUGAAGUGCUGCCAGGCAUUGUGGCCGCCAUGGAAGCAUUGCAAAUUGCUCACAGCGAACCACAGGGCCAGGCGGAAGUGUGUUGA